UUUUGUUUGUUCUCUUGGAUCUUCACUUUUUGCUGAUUCACUCACUCUCCCUACUUAAUUUUUUUUUUUUUUUUUUACAAAUCUCUCUCAGAGUAUAUUCUUCGUCUUCUCCUUCCUCUGAGUUGCGUCGGUUCUGCUGCAUUUUCACUUCGUCUUUUCAGGAGGUGGGUUGUAUACGUUGGAUUGAUGUGAAUCCUGUGGUGUUCUGUGACUUCGCUAUGGAAUGCCCUUUGGAGAAGAAGAGUUCUUCUGGUGCUACUAAACCUUUGCAAACUCCUGUGAAACAACGUCUGGAGAGUCAUGAGGUUGUCAAGUAUAUGUCCAAGCUACCUGUUUUCUUGGAGAGAGCUGAGACCUCUCAAGAGAAGCUCUUGAGUGUUGGUGUUCUUGAUUGGGGACGUUUGGAGAAGUGGCAGCAUAGUCAUAACAGGAAGACUAGGUUCCCUUUGGUUCCCCACGAAACAGAUCCUUUGUUGGCUCCGCCUAGAGAUGAGUCAUCUGCUGGUCCCAGUAAAGUUCAUAACCAAAGUUCGGCUUCUCUAACGAAACAUCAUAGCUCUCGGCAUUCCAAUGUAAUGCCAAACUCGGUCGAAGAUACUUUAAAGGAGCGUGAACAAAUCAAAGGUACCAGGAGAAAGAAACACAAAGAUCGUAAAUGUGUCAGCAUACCAGAUGACCAGCUUGGUCCAAACACUGAUGCACAAGGAUUAGAUGGAUGUGACGAGAAACAUUUGAAAGGGAAGAUCUGCCCAAAAAGUGGAACUUUGUCAAAUGAAUUGAAUUCAGAGGCUGGCUUGGACAUGGAAGUAAAAUCAAAGGCUGAUAGGAGCAGGCGUAGGAAGAGUGAAAAGAACUUGCAGGGAGAAAAACGAGAUGAUCAUGAUGAGGUUAAGACACGCAAGAGGAGUUCGACUAGAAAAGUUCGGGUUGUUCAUGGUGUGGAAGUAGAUUACUGUACUCAACAUUCUUGCCCCUUGCCAUGUAAAGCUGAUGGCUGCUUGGCAAAGAGUACAAUUGGCUCCACUGAUGCGGACCAGAACAAGGUUUCAGUUGACAUAUCUCAGUGUGUGUCUCUUUCAACGAAAGCAAGGAAUACAUCUUCCAAAGGUAAAAUCACAGAAGACAGAGCAUCAUCUUUGUUACCUCUGAAACACUGUAAUGAUGAGCCUUCCCAGAGACAAGAUUCAAAGUCGCAUAAAGGGGCAUCUGAAAAGGGGAGAAGUAUAUCACCUUUUCAGCGGCUUAGCUUCAGUAUGGGUAAGGCCAGCAAAACUAACAGUGAAGGAGUUGCUGUUCCCCCUACCCAGCUAGACUUAAUGGCUAACUCCACAAAGAUAGAUUCACAAAAUGUGGCUCUAUUAUCUGACGUUGACGGCUCAGAUUGCAACAAGCCCAGUGCAAAAGAUACAACCACGACAAGCCAUUUAAGAAGGUUGCUAGAACCUCUGUUGAAGUCAAGAGCAAUUCACUCUGGCAAUUCCGUGGAGGGGACAAGAGGUCAAGGCGUACAAAGAAUAAAAUUAGGAAUCACGGGUUGCAAAUCAGUAAAUGUCAGUGAUUCAGCUCACGAGAAGAAGUUAGGAUCAUCCAUGGUUCGAGCUGUUCUGCGGGUAACAGUUAAGAACAAUCAGCCACUCUUUACAUUUGCAGUGAAUAAAGAAACCGACAUUAUUGCGGCCACCCAAAAGAAAAUGGGAAGCUCAGAGGAGGGUGAAUGUACUAGAGUUUAUACUUUCUUCUCUAUUAAAGACCAUAAGAAAAAUAGUGGGUGGUUAAACCAAAGAGGCAGUGGCCAAACACAUGGUAUCAUCUCUAAUGUUGUUGCGCAAAUGCGGGUUUCAAGCUCUUUGCCUUCUGGUUCCAUCAGAGAGUUUGUUCUCUUCUCUGUAGAACUUGAUCAAGAGAGCACGGAAAAGUCUGAUCUGCAGUUGAAAAAUGAGCUAGCUGCGAUCAUCGUAAAGAUGCCAAGAUGGUUUCACAGGAGGGAAUCACUAAACACGGUUCAAGAUCAUAAUGCACUCAAUGAAGAGCCUGAAGAUCACAUCAAAGACAGGUUUUUUGACCAAGACAUUAGCGCGACGGUCAUACUUCAAAGCGGUGUUCAUAGUAUGCCUCAGAAAGGAGGGCCAUCCUCUUUGAUCCAGCGAUGGAGAACAGGUGGGUCUUGUGAUUGUGGAGGUUGGGACAUGGGCUGCAAUCUCAGAAUUCUUACAAAUCAGCACAACUUAUCCUACAAGAACUCAACAACGUCAAACUCACCAGCAUCUUUAAACAGAUUCGAGCUUUUCUUUCUGGAAGAACAAGCCGAGGAACAUCCAUACUUGAGCUUUAAACCGAUCAAAGAAGGGGUAUAUUCAGUUGCGUAUAAUUCAUCCCUUUCACAAGUGCAAGCUUUCUCCAUAUGUAUGUCACUUGCAGAGAGUAGAAAAAUGUCAGAGAUCACCCGUGAGCACAAAAGCUCGUGUGAUGAACAUAAAGCUAGAGCAAAAACCGCGUUAGUCGCAGACCAGGAUUCAAACCCUAAUGGAACCACCGUCGGGUCUCAACCGCCCCUCUCGCCUGUUGGGCGGGUCUGAAGUUUGUAUUUUUACUUCAAACCCAAAGUUUUACUUGCAGGUAUGUGAUCAUAUUAUUAGUGUUAAGCCUAAGGUAAAGUAGUUGUAGGAAAUAAGAAAGCAGCAAGAAGAUAUCAUAUAAAGUAGUUAGUCUAAUGGUCUUCCCAACUCUUAAAGUGUGAAUAUUUUUUUUUGUUAUAUCUUAUCUCCUCCAUAUAUAGAUUACUUUCAAGCUGUGAAAAUCUUUGGUUCCUUUCUGAAACUUCAAAAGCCUAAAGGGCUUUUAUUUGUUAAUCUUGCCAUGUGAUCAUUGUCAUGAAUGAUGAAUAUUGGAUUCAUAACAACAGUGUUUUUGAA